AUGAAGAAAAAGUUUGAAGGCAAUGCAAGGGUCAAGAGGUCUCAUCUACAAGCUCUUCGUAGAGACUUUGAAAUUCUUGAGAUGAAGUCUUGUGAAGAAGUGACAGAAUACUUCUCCAGAGUCAUGACGGUGGCAAAUAAGAUGCGGAUUUAUGGAGAAGAUAUGCAAGAUGUGAAAGUGGUCGAAAAAAUUCUACGCUCUUUAACAGAAAAGUUUAACUAUAUCGUUUGUUCUAUUGAAAAGUCAAAGGAUAUUGAUACUCUCACUAUUUAUGAGUUGCAAAGUUCUUUGAUAGUCAUGAACAAAAGUUUUCAGCGACGAAGCAGAGAGGAGCAAGCCUUGAAGGUGACGAAUGAUGAAGGAGAGGUCGAGGUCGAGGCAGCUACAGAGGAAGAGGGAAGAGGAAGAGGAAGGGGUCGAGCAAAUUUCAACAAAGCAAAUGUGCAGUGUUACCGAUGCAAAAAACUUGAGCAUUACCAUAUGAGUGUCCUGAAAAUAAAGAAGCAAACUAUGCCGAAAUUGAUGAAGAGAAGAAAUGCUUCUAAUGUCCUAUGA